ACUCUGAGGUCUGAGCUGCAUGCUCACUGUCCCGAAACAUGAUGAACCAUUCAGCCCUAUGGGAAUUUCUCCUCUCAGCAAGCUCGCGUCAGCUACAUCUGUGUCUGCCAGCCAGAGUCGAUGCAGCAGCAGCAGCAGCAGCAGCAGCAGCAACAGCAGUGUGGCAGUGACUUCACUCAGACUCACUCUGUUUCAACUUAACUGAGAGGCAGCACAGUUCAUUCGGCUCCAGCUCGGACUGGGAGGAAAAGUUAUCUCUUCUCUGCCUUUUCCUCCUCUUUCCACUAAUUUACGAAUGACUGAGGAAGGAUGCUCUUGCAACUUGAGGAUACUUUAGUCAUGUGGACACACGAAGGCUGCGUUGGAUGAUGAGGGGAACGUGAUGCUGCCUUUAGGGAUGACCAAAGCCGCCUGCUUCUUCUUCUUCUUUUCUCCAUCCUGUUCCUCCUCUGCCUCUGUGCUCCCCUCUGGCAUGCGAGGGUCAAGUCAACAGGAUUUCUCAUCCACCUCAAUCCCCCCUGUGACUGGGCUGCAAUCCUGCUCCUCAGUGCCACACUUGACCUGAAGGCAAAACAAAGGGAUUAACUAUGAACUUUGUUCCCUCCUGGAGACACAGUGUGCACUUUAACAGAAGAAUAAGAGAUCCAGUGAAAGUCAACUAAUAACUUCAGGAAAAUGACAAACUUGGACACUUUUGUCAUGGUUGCAUGCUACUAAACACAAGAAAACCAUGGAGGGAGAGACCAUGUUGAACUCCUCUGUUAACACCAGUACCAUGGAUAUCAACCUCGUCUCCCACAGUCUCUGGGAGGUGAUCACCAUAGCGACUGUGUCAGCUAUUGUUAGCCUGAUCACCAUUGUGGGAAACGUCUUGGUGAUGCUCUCCUUUAAGGUUAACAGCCAGCUGAAGACAGUGAAUAAUUACUACCUGCUGAGUCUGGCGGCUGCUGACCUUAUCAUUGGUGUCUUCUCCAUGAACCUGUACACCUCAUACAUCCUGAUGGGAUACUGGGCCUUAGGAAACCUGGCCUGUGACCUCUGGUUGGCACUAGACUAUGUAGCCAGUAAUGCCUCUGUCAUGAACCUGCUGGUGAUCAGUUUUGACAGAUAUUUCUCCAUCACUAGACCACUGACCUACAGGGCCAAACGGACUCCCAAACGAGCCGGGAUCAUGAUCGGGCUGGCCUGGCUGGUGUCACUUGUUCUGUGGGCCCCACCUAUUCUCUGCUGGCAGUACUUUGUAGGAAAAAGGACGGUCCCUGAGAAGCAAUGCCAGAUCCAGUUUUUCUCUGAGCCUGUAAUAACCUUUGGGACUGCAAUCGCUGCCUUUUAUAUCCCCGUAUCAGUCAUGACAAUCCUCUACUGUCGGAUCUAUAAAGAGACAGAGAAAAGGACCAAAGAUCUGGCCGAGCUGCAGGGGAUUAAUUUCACAACAGACCAAGGGGUUCCCCAGCCUCAAAAGACCAUUAUCAGAUCGUGCUUUAGCUGUAAAUUAAGAUCAACUUCACAAGACAGGACUCAAGCCUCUUGGUCUUCCUCUAGUAGGAGUAAUGCAGCAAAAUCAACAGUUACCACCAACGAUGAGUGGUCCAAAGCUGGUCAGCUGACCACCUUUAACAGUUACGCCUCCUCUGAGGAUGAGGAAAGGCCAGUAUCUCCAGGUGCAUUCCAGACGUCCUUCAGGAACCAAGCCUGUGAGACCGUCAAAAGCGGUGUGGGCAGUGAGAGUGAGCAGCUCAGCAGCUACGAAGAGGACAGCUUUUUCCAGACGCCGCCAAAAAGCAACUCUCAGAAGAGCGGCAAAGGCGUCUCCUACAAGUUCAAGCCUGUGGUCAAAGACACUCACGCGGAGCACCACAGCAAGAACGGAGACACCAAAAUGGCCUCGUCAACCUUCUCCUCGGCUGAGUCCAUGAGCGUUCCAUCCACUUCCUCCACGUCGAAGCCCAUAGAUGGCUCGCUGAAGAACCAGAUCACCAAGAGGAAGAGGAUGGUGCUGAUCAAAGAGAGGAAGGCGGCUCAGACUCUCAGCGCCAUCUUGCUGGCUUUUAUCUUGACUUGGACGCCGUAUAACAUUAUGGUGCUCAUUUCCACUUUCUGCUCAGACUGCAUCCCCGUCUCGCUCUGGCACCUGGGAUACUGGCUGUGCUACGUCAACAGCACCGUCAACCCCAUGUGCUAUGCUCUCUGUAACAAGACUUUCCAAAAGACCUUCCGCAUGCUCUUACUCUGCCAGUGGAAGAAGAAAAGGAUUGAGGAGAAGCUGUACUGGUAUGGACAAAACCCUGUGGUUAGCGCAAAACUGACAUGAACUAUCUUUUCAGAUGAUGUAUGACAGAGAUGUAAAUUACCUGUUUGUAAUAUUUAGGUGAUAUCAAAGCAAAAUAAACUAUAUCAAGGGGCUGGUACAGCAUAAAGUGCUGCUUGUAAAUCAGUAGGUUGGCUGUAAUGUGUGCUAAAUGCAGCUCAAAAUUUGGAAAAUGAAGAAUAUAUCACAUUGUUACAUUACACUGCAAUUAGUGACACUGUAAAUAAACUCUUAAUUAUUAAAAAAUUCACAAAUCUCCCAAAAAUUGAUGAUAAAAUGCAGGAUAUGCCAUCAACUAACACAGAUUAUUCCAUAUCGUACUUUACUGUUUAUUCAAGCUGCACACUUUAAUAUCCAAAGAUCAUGAAAAAAUUGCUCCAGUCUAUAUUGGUUUUAAAAUAUAUAAAAAAAAAUACAGAUGUUAUUCAAGUUGAUGCUCUUACAUUCAAAAUGUCAUAAAACGUGCAGGUCUGUUUUACAUUGUAGAUAUUGUGUUAGUAUUGAGAAUGCACUUUUUGGAAUUGCUAUUUUAUUUUGAAGGGCUAAUAAGUAUCGUCCUGAUGUCUGAAUCUUCUUGCUUGGUCAAGAUUGUAACUUGAUGAUAAUUAAAGCCUUUUCACGUGUGCCAAAGUCAUCUGUCAGAGGAGUUAAAAUAGAUCCAGCUUCAUUGUCUUUCACAUUACAUGUUCUUCAUUUUAUACAAUCUGUCCUGCAAAAUCUCUAAAAAAAAGAAAUAAUCCCAUAAAUUAUUUUACAGAAAAACUGAUGAGUAACCCCAAACUAAACGCUGCAGGGUUACUGUGCAAACUCUACAGUACAAACCUAAAGACUUGAUGGUCUUUUUUACAGUUACAACAUGCAAACUUGCAAAACAAUAUCAUUGUUUACAUUGGAAGUUGCACACAUUUUUGAUUACAAUCUGCGUAUAUUAUUCUUUAUCCUCAGGAUAUUUUCGUUUUCUGUGCACAUUAAAAAUACAGUAUUUGUUUCUCUGAAUUUCUGUGGCUCAAUGAUCAUAUUUUCAUUGUAUUUCUGAACAACUUGUUGUGUACUGUGGCAAAAAAAAGCUGUUUGUGAAAUGUUCUGUAAGCAUUGGAUUGGAGAUGAAAUACAAAAUGUGUUUCACAUGUGUCAUAAGCUAAAAUGUCAUGAAGCACAUUUGUGUAACUGUGAUAAACAAGGAAUCUGCACUUGUUAUUUGGGGAAUGAAGAAAAUGCUUUGCUGAAAAUACUGUCAAGAUGAAAACAAAGCUUGAGCUGAGACCAUUCUGCGUUUUUAUACUGUCUUCAGAGCUUGUGAUUCAUUUUUUGUUGUUUUAUUUUUUCAGUAUUCUGUGAUCAUGUCCAUGCAUUUCUGAAUAAAAUGUUGUGAAUG